CCUCGUUCUUUUCCCAACGAUGAGGCACUAAAAUCCUCACAGAUCUGGUUCACCGACCACGCUUGGGGCAAGAACAAAUUAGGCGGCUUAUUUGCCGAAGCUGCUCGACAGGCUGGCCUCCCAAUGGUUUGGCUGCGUAAGCGUCGGGCGCGCAACUUCUUCCCCGGUGGAGGUGGGUCUGGCCUCGGCGUUAUCUCUCAAUUAGCCGGCGGCCCGACGUCUGGCUCCACACCUGCUGCUGCAAUCUCCACAGAUGAGCCUGUCCCAGGAACUAUACACGCUGCAAGUGGCCCUAGUAACCAACUCAAUGUAUCCCCAGCAGCCUCUGCUGACCAUAUUGGGAAUCUCAUCUUGCUCAACGAGCCCAAUACUUUGCUUCUUGAGACGUCGAGUGUUGGUCGACUCGUCUCUGAAGAACUGACAGUUGGUGGGCUAUCUCAAGGCACUGGACAGUCUUCGGGCUCUCCUCUUCUUAUUGUUUCCCCGAUGAUACUGACUGGUGGCCAAACUUCGGCUAUGGUCAAGAUGGACCAACUAAACCGGCAACCCUCCAACCAGCGGCAACACCAGUUAUUAUCACAGCAGUCCACCUUGAUUUCCAUCCCGGGCACCCAGCAAAGCGUUAGCCUAGCUUCACGACCCACAAACACAACAACUACGACAACUGCUACCACUAGUACAGCUUGCUUUUCAUCUCAUAGGGCCCUCGUUAUGGGUAACAGUGAUGCGGGUUCUGCUCACUUGCUGUCGACAAGCUCUGCCGGACUUGAGGCCAGGGAGACACUUAUGCAGGAGGGCGAAACAGGCCUUCUCUCUGCUGUAUAUCCAGAUGGCUUGUCGGCUUCUUUGACUGGGCUACCACAUGGCCUUGAUAUGCAUAAUCUUCAUCACCAAUCUCAGCAUCAGGGUCUACCGACGGCUGAUCCCCUCUUCUCACGAUCUAGACCGGCAACACUUCAACAGCUUCACUCUGAAGACAUCCGACAUGUCAUGCAACAAGCCGUAUUUCCCGACUCUAUCCCAAUGUCUAAUGAAACUACUGAUGCCAAGAUAGAUAACUAA